CUCUGUGGUCACGUGAGGCGGUGGGAGGGCCGUUGGCUCCUCCCUCUCCAAGAUGGCGUCCUUGCUGCAGUCGGAGCGGGUUCUCUAUCUAGUCCAAGGAGAAAAGAAGGUUCGGGCUCCGCUUUCGCAGCUCUACUUCUGCCGCUAUUGUAGCGAGCUGCGGUCGCUGGAAUGUGUGUCUCACGAGGUGGACUCCCAUUAUUGUCCCAGUUGCUUAGAAAAUAUGCCAUCAGCUGAAGCCAAACUAAAAAAAAAUAGAUGUGCCAACUGCUUUGACUGUCCUGGCUGCAUGCACACACUAUCCACCCGGGCAACAAGCAUCUCCACGCAGCUCCCAGAUGACCCAGCCAAAACUACCAUGAAGAAAGCCUAUUACUUGGCCUGUGGAUUUUGUCGCUGGACAUCUAGAGAUGUGGGCAUGGCAGACAAAUCUGUAGCUAGUGGUGGUUGGCAGGAACCAGAAAAUCCUCACACACAACGGAUGAACAAAUUGAUUGAAUAUUACCAGCAGCUUGCUCAGAAAGAGAAGGUUGAGCGAGAUCGCAAGAAAUUGGCACGACGUAGAAACUAUAUGCCUCUGGCUUUUUCGCAACAUACUAUUCAUGUAGUGGACAAAUAUGGUCUUGGAACCAGGCUUCAGCGACCCCGAGCUGGCGCAUCCAUCAGUACUCUUGCUGGACUUUCCCUUAAAGAAGGAGAGGACCAGAAAGAGAUAAAGAUUGAGCCAGCUCAAGCUGUGGAUGAAGUGGAACCUUUACCUGAAGACUAUUACACAAGACCAGUAAAUUUAACAGAGGUGACUACCCUUCAGCAGCGCCUCUUACAGCCUGACUUCCAACCAAUUUGUGCUUCACAACUCUAUCCUCGUCACAAACAUCUUCUGAUCAAACGGUCCCUGCGCUGCCGAAAAUGUGAACAUAAUUUGAGCAAGCCGGAAUUUAAUCCAACAUCUAUCAAAUUCAAAAUCCAACUGGUUGCUGUCAAUUAUAUUCCAGAAGUGAGAAUCAUGUCAAUUCCCAACCUUCGCUACAUGAAGGAGAGCCAGGUCCUUCUGACUCUUACGAAUCCUGUGGAAAACCUUACCCAUGUGACUCUGUUUGAGUGUGAGGAGGGGGAUCCUGAUGAUAUCAAUAGCACUGCUAAGGUGGUGGUGCCUCCCAAAGAGCUCAUUUUAGCUGGCAAGGAUGCAGCAGCAGAAUAUGAUGAGUUGGCAGAACCCCAGGAUUUUCAGGAUGAUCCUGACAUUAUAGCCUUCAGAAAGGCCAACAAAGUGGGCAUUUUCAUCAAAGUUACCCCUCAGCGCGAGGAGGGUGAAGUGACCGUGUCCUUCAAGAUGAAGCAUGAUUUUAAAAAUCUGGCAGCCCCAAUCCGCCCCAUUGAAGAAAGUGACCAGAGCACAGAAGUCAUCUGGCUCACCCAGCAUGUGGAACUCAGCUUGGGCCCGCUUCUUCCUUAAAAGGUUACUUUGGUGGGCAGAUUCCACCUGAGACAAUGUCACCACAGACCUGUGUUAAAACAUGGAAGCUCCUGCUUCAUUAGGCUUUGUUUAUCAUGAUGUACCCAUGCACUACUCGGUCCUCUUCCUAAGAGUGGGAGCACAAGCCAGGCAUCGGGAACACAGGGUAACUGCUGUUCCUCUUGCUGUCACCUCUAUUGACACCAAUCAAUCUGUGUUUCCCUCACUGAGCCCUGCACGUUGAAUAACAGCAACAUAGCUCCAUCCCAGUAAAGGGGAUGGCUGUUCCUCAGAAUGGUGUUAUAUUUGCCACCUGAGAAACUGACUAUACUAUCUCUUGAUCUGAUCUCACAAAGGAUCAUAAUCCGACAGUUGAAACUUAACAGUGAUAUCCCAAAGGUGGACCUGCUAUUAAUGAUCCAGCAUUGGUCUCAAUGUACCAGCUGCUUUCUGCAUUCCAGUGUAAAUCAUCUAGCCAUCUAAAACUUACCCCUUUAUUUGCCAACAUGGCUCUCAUUUUGUCAUAGAUUUCUGUUUGGCAAAAAAAAAAAAAAAAUAGAAUUGACAUAUUACCUUUAGUUUUGUGAUGUUUGGAAAAACCUGUGAAAUAAGGCACUCUCAUUUACCCUCUUUCUAGAUGAAUAUAGGACACUAAUUUAUCAGUUGCUUUUAAUUUUUUCCCAGAACAAUAUGAAGCUUUUCCUUUUAAGAAUGUGAAAGAAGCAAGGAAUUACAUGUCAUAUCAAGAGGGUAGCAAAUUCCAUUUGUUUUAAGUUUUGCCCCAAAACCUAGGAAUGAAUGCUGCCACAGGAGACAGUCUUUCUUCUUACUGCUCAUCCUCUCUUUUCUUCUCUGCCUUUUUAAUUCAAUAAAUUGUUCUGAGUAUUUGGGAUUUGAAAAACUCCGCAGGAAACCUGAGUGGACAAGUUCACUUUGAGACUGUAAAAAACAUUUUAAAGGUUAGAUUUUUAGUAUGACCUGAAAUAAAGUACUUUCCACUGAUUUGAAGAAGAAAUGAACUAUUACAAUGUCUUGAAUCCAAAAUUGGAUAUUAAGAUGAGGGGGGCAAAAAACACCCCUCACUGAGUCUAAGCCUUUUGUCAUAUGGUGUAUCAAAUAAGACCAUUUUGAUUGUAAACCAUAACAUAAUUCAGCAAGUAGCCCAGAGUGCUGGCCUAACAGCAGAGAUGCUGUUUUCACCUGGGUCCUAGCUGGGUUGCUAACCUUAAUUUCUGUGAUGUUUUCUCAAAUGAGACUUAAUACAAUAAGUAGACCACCAGCUGCACCACAUUUUCUCAAAAGUAUUCUUGGUGUGUGGUCAACAGACUUUUGAGGAAAGAAAAAUUUCCUACUUACUUUUGUUUUUAAUUCUCAGUCUUAAAAAAAAUAAUAAGAUAUAUAAUCUAGAAUAGAGAUACAAAAUACUUGUCAGCUCUCCUUGAAAGACAAAGCUAUUUGGGAAACUUUUGAAGGACACUAAAUUGCACCCUUAAGGUCAAUUUUAUGAAGCAAUAUUCUCACAGCCCAAUAUAUUGUGCUGCAACAUAAGGGAAAAAAUACUCAUCUCUAAUAUUGUGAUAAUAACUAAAGUUUAGCCUCUAGGGAAUUGGGGCAGGGAGAUGGGUAUUAUAAGUUUGCAGACUAUAAAAAGAGCUUAAUUUUUCGUGAUCCCAUAGAAUGUCAAAUUAAUUUUUAUUUCCCCACGUACUAGAGUCUGUUGUGAAACCACUGCUUCAUAUUUGCCAGUGAAGGAAAUGGGCAACAAAGGAGAGAGUAGCUUCAUAUGUUUACACAUUUGCAUAGGCUGCUUGCAGUUUUAUGUCAUGCCUUUAUGGCUUGUAGCUGGUAUUUGUUCCCAAAAGUAAUAAUGUUGCAGUAAUAGGUCUCCUCACUCCAGUAUGAUACUGAAACAUAAAAACAUUUUUGAUCAUAGAAUUUUUUUCUUCAGAAGCCAAAUUAACACAGAAUAACAAGAGCCACUGGAGUAAUGUUUCCUUGAGAUGGGUUUUAGUGCAAGUUGAUAAUUCUGUGUGUUCAUAGAGAUGAUUCAACACCUGCAGCUGGUGAGUUAGGAAUUUCAUCUGUUGCCUUUCUUACAUUAGAUCAGGUGCAAGAUUUUUAAUGCUAGUGUGCACCACCACAGGAGAGUUAGACCUUGUCUGCACUGGAAACUAAAAUUUUGGAAAUAUAAGGCUAAGUUAGUUUGGAUUUGUGAUUUGAUUCACUCACCAAAGUUUUAUUUGUUUCAAAGUACAUGUUAUAGGCAUAAUGAGCUAAGUGUCAUGCAUAUUGUGAAGAAGCUUCCUUUUUGGGCCCUUUUGAGAAUGAGAGGCACUCUUUGGUCUUCAUGAAAGGUUACUGUUUUGCCUUAUUGCUUAAUGUAGUGAAAUAAAGCAGACAAAGCUUGAGUG